GAGGCGGGUGAGGAACGAGAGUGAGGGCACCCCCCAGGCCUUGGCCGGCCACCGGAGGCUCGCGGAAGCAGCAGCCGCCGCCCGACCCUCAGCUGGAAUUUGAAGAUUGAUCAAGGACUGUAUUAAUUUCAGGAAUUGAUUUGAAAGACACUGGCUCUGCCACUUAGCAGCCAUGUAACCCUGGAUAUGGAAGAAAGCCGCAGUGUAGCCAUGUUGGUGCCAGAUGUUGGGGAGCAGGAAGCCAUAUUGACUGCCGAAGGUAUCAUCAGUCCUUCAUUGGAAAUUGAUGAACCCAGAAAAGCCAAAGCAGAUCCCUUAAUCCAUGUGAUUCAAAAGUUAAGCAGGAUAGUGGAGCAUGAAAAAUCACAAAAAUGUCUUCUAAUUGGGAAAAAACGAUCACGGUCAAAUAUGACAACUCAUCCCCUGGAAACCCAAGAAGUUUGUGAGAUUCCAGCUAAAGUAACCCAGUUGCCUGCUGUUAGGAAGGCUGAGGUGUCACAAGCAAGUUUCACCCCCGAGUCUCUCGCCCAUGAUGACAGCAAGGCUAUGUCUUACCAGUGUAGCCUUUGUAAGUUUUUGUCGUCAUCAUUUUCUGUGUUGAGAGAGCAUAUCAAGCUGCACGGCCAGCAGAAUGAAGUGAUAUUAAUGUGCUCAGAGUGCCAUAUUACAUCAAAAAGCCAAGAGGAACUCGAAGCUCAUGUGGUAAAGGAACAUGAAAAUGAUAUCAGCAAUCACACCCCACACAAAGCCCAGCAGUGCAGUACCCCCUCCAACUCCUUCUGUCAGAGGACCACAGAGAGAACCAACGAAACCAGUGGUGACAUCGCAGUCAGUAUGGACAGUCCACAGACUCACCCUGGCCAAACCACAUCCCUGGCAGAGAUGGGCAGGAGGAAAUGGUACGCAUAUGAGCAGUAUGGCAUGUAUAGAUGCUUGUUUUGUAGUUACACUUGUGGCCAGCAGAGAAUGUUAAAAACCCAUGCCUGGAAACAUGCAGGAGAAGUUGACUGUUCCUAUCCCAUCUUUGAAAAUGAAAACGAGCCCCUGGGCUUGCUGGGUUCUUCCACGUCGGCAGCACCUGGUGGUGUGGAUGCAGUGGUCAUUGCCAUAGGGGACAGUGAGCUGAGUAUCCAUAACGGGCCUGCUGUCCAGGUGCAGAUUUGCAGCUCAGAGCCAUUAUCAUCUUCAUCUUUAGACCAGCAUUCAGAAGAAAGGGUACACCUAAGUCGCUCGGUUACCCUUGACCCUACUGAGGAAGAAGCACUCGAGGUGAUGUCUGAUGCCGAGGAGAGCUUGAUUGCCGACAGUCUGCUUUCAUCAGCACAGAAAAUCAUCAGCAGUAGCCCCAAUAAAAAAGGUCAUGUGAACGUGAUUGUGGAACGUUUGCCAAGUGCCGAAGAAACUCUUUCACAGAAACCUUUCCUCCUAAAUGCUGAACUAGAUGAGGGCAAAACCCUGAACCCAUCAGAUGGCCAGGCCGGCUGUGCAGGAACUGGUGCCAUCUUUCGUGCUGAUAAAUGCACUGUUGAUAUUGGAGGGUUGAUCAUUGGCUGGAGCAAUCCAGAGAAGAAAGAUAGUGAGUUACUAAGUAAAGGACUGGCCACUGAUGAGAAUGCCCCACCUGGCCGCAGGAGGACAAAUUCUGAGUCUCUCAGGCUGCACUCACUAGCUGCCGAAGCUCUGGUCACGAUGCCUAUAAGAGCGGCCGAACUAACCAGAGCCAGUCUUAGUCACUACGGGGACAUAAACCUGUUAGAUCCAGAUACAGGGCAGAGGCAAGCCGAUAGGCCAUUGGCAGCUUAUUCCAAAAUGAUGUCACCACUUAAAAACACUUCAGAAGGAUUGACUAGCUUCAGCCAAAGCAACUCUACCCUGCUAGCACUCCCAGAGGGUGGACAAGAAUUGACAGAUGGCCAAGUCAAGACAGGCAUCAGUAUGUCCCUACUCACUGUCAUUGAAAAGCUGAGAGAAAGGACAGAUCAAAAUGCUUCAGACGACGACAUUUUGAAGGAACUUCAGGACAAUGCCCAGUGCCAACCCAACAGCGAUACGAGUCUGUUGGGAACCAAUGUGGUGGAAUACAUCCCUGAGGCUGAGCGACCCUACCGCUGUCGCUUGUGUCACUACACAAGUGGUAACAAGGGUUACAUCAAGCAGCACCUGCGAGUCCAUCGGCAGAGGCAGCCCUACCAGUGUCCUAUCUGUGAGCAUAUAGCCAACAACAGCAAAGACUUAGAGAGUCACAUGAUCAACCACUGUAAGACCAGAAUCUACCAAUGUAAACAAUGCGAAGAAUCCUUUCAUUACAAGAGUCAACUAAGGAAUCAUGAGAGAGAGCAGCAUAGCCUUCCGGAAACCUUGUCAAUUUCUUCGCAUGAGCCACGAAUUGCUAGUGAUGCCGCUGAUGGAAAAUAUAUUCAGGAAGGGAAUAAGUCGUCGGCCCAGAAACAAUAUAGAUGUGAUGUGUGUGAUUACACAAGCACAACAUACGUUGGUGUCCGAAACCACAGAAGGAUCCAUAACUCUGAUAAGCCAUACAGGUGUUCUUUGUGUGGGUACGUGUGUAGCCAUCCUCCUUCUUUGAAGUCACACAUGUGGAAGCAUGCCAGUGACCAAAAUUACAACUACGAGCAAGUAAACAAGGCCAUUAAUGAUGCAAUUUCACAAAGUGGCAGAGUUCUAGGGAAAUACCCUGAAAAAUCUCGGUGGACCAGCGAAGAGAAAGCUGAUCUGAUAGCUGGAAGUUCAGAAAAUCUGUUGUCCACUUCAGAACUGAUGUCCCAAGCGUCCAGUGAAAGUGUAGAUUCCAAUGAGGGUGAGAAAGUGAGCCCUACAAGUAAUGUAUCAUACAGUUUAGAAAAGACCUCCAGCCUGGCCCCUCCUGGAAUGGAGUACUGUGUUUUGCUCUUCUGUUGUUGUAUUUGUGGUUUUGAAUCAACCAGCAAAGAAAAUCUGCUGGAUCACAUGAAAGAGCAUGAGGGUGAGAUUGUCAACAUCAUUCUCAAUAAGGACCAGCAUGCCACCAUAAGCACAGACUAGCCAGAAGAAUGCCUGGAAGAUUCCUUUAACCACAGGUGACUAACCUACUAGACGAAGAGGUGGUAGGCAGUAUGACUAGGGAACACAGUGACCUGGUGUGGCUUUGGAACCAAACUUGUCAUAAGAUGAAUUCCAAAUUGAUAGGCAGUAACGAUAUUUAAAUUAUCUUGAGUGUGGGGAAGCAAAUAUAUAAUCCUAUAUUAACCUUCUGUCCCCCUUCUUAGUGUGGAGUAUGUUUGUUAUUGCAGCUUAUUCUAGUUUAGAAGUGCAAACAGUUCAGAAAGGUCUUUCAGGAGCCCUUCUGAAACUUGCUGUGAAGUUCCAAUCUUAUGCAGAUCCCUAAGAGCUUCGUGUCUGCCUGCCUGCUUUAGAGUAGACACACCUCUGCUGGGAUGUUGGGAGGGCUUCUCCAGUGCAAGGAAGGAUUUGAGGUGAUAUGUUUAAAUUGUUCCCUUACUUUAAGAAAGUAGACAAGACAUCUGUAAAUCAAGUUUAAAUCCUAAGUAGACAUUUCUGAAGUCAAUUGUUUUCUGAAACUUAGAUGCAUUUCUUGUGGGCAAAGGAGACAAUCUCAAACCAUAUCUCAAGUUCAUAGAGACACCUGUACUUUUCAGAGAGUCUUUUCAGAGCUUUAAAGAUCAAGGCCCACUUUUCCAGUUACCUAGGCUGUUUAAUCCUCUCUCCUGUGUGAGACCCUCUCAUCUGAAAGAGUCCUAGCAUAAUCAAAUAUGAAAAUGUGCAUCACUGUCAGCCCUGGAAAAUAAUUUGAAUUAUUAAGAUAAAAGUUAGAGGGCUAAGCUGAUGAUGCACACCUAUAAUCUUAGUACUCAGUAGGCUGAGGCAGGAGGAUUGCAAGUUCAAGGCUAGUCUGGACUACAUGGGUGAGAUCUUGUGUGAAAAAAACAAGUAUCACUUGGAGAAUGAGAGAUGAAAUUCAGAAACUUCUUAAAAUUAGUACUUCUACUGGGAUCUUUAUAGGAGUUUAUUACUUAUUUAUAGCAGAAAAGGAAUAUCUAAAUGUCCUUAAGACAGUAAAACUUCAGGGUGGUUAUAAAAGUUCUGAGGAAACAGCACUUGGCAAGUCAAUAGAUUUCUUUGAAAGAAGCUCCAUUUGUUUGAUGUAAGAAGACAGGAAAACCCCCUAAAUAUGCUUUGCAUAAAAUCUUGCCAUCAGAUAAAUAGAAGUAAACAUCUCAUUAAUUAGACAUUUUAUAUUGCAGUUAGUUGAAAGGGUGAAAUACACAAGGUGUUCUUGUAGUUCUGAUUACUUCUUUAUGCAUUGUUUCAUCAAAGUAAAUUCUGCCUACAAGAUAGGAGGCUGGUGCCCUGUUGUAGUGCACCAUCUUCAUGGUGCUAUUUUUGAAUAUCAAUUGCUAAUGUCUAGAAGUGGGGCUGUGCCUAAUUACAUCUAGGCCCUCAAAUUAGAGCUCUGUGAAUGGGAUAUUCUGCACAUACAUUUUAGGAAAGAAGUAAAUGAAAGAAUUGUGUUAAGAGCAGUAGGAACUGUAGUAAUUGGGGCUGGGUACCUUGAAACAUUUUCUAAUUUUUUUUUUAUAAUCUUUUUUUUUUUUUGGUGAUGAGAGUUAACCAAAGAGAACUAAGUCUGUGCCCCUUUGAUAUAGGUAGCUUUAAUGUAGAAUUCAAUCCAUUACUGAGACAUGGUUUUAGAAAAGAUAAAAUUAUAUAUAUAUAAUUUCCCCCAAACCUACAAUACUUUUAUAUUCAUUUUUCUCCUUUUCAAAAGUGAUUCGAAUUUUAAAUUCAAAUAAAAUAGUUCCAUGUCUUAAUACCCAUUCCCACCCAUCUAUAGAUUAGUUCUCACUGCUAUUAACUCAGACCCCUUGAUUCUUUCUACCAACCUUCCAAGAAUUGGCAUGGGCUUUAAUUUUAUUAGAAUCAUUUGGAAAAUAAUAAGCAAGUUUCAACAGUGUUACUUAUAGAAUUAUUUCUCUCUGUUCUCAUAAACCACUUCCCAUUGGCUAUUACUUCUGUUUUCCAUCUGCAAUCAUGAAUUUAAAGUUUCUCUUCCCCGUGGGAAAACAUUUACCCAGAAGUUCAAAGCCUUUAAACAUGAAUGUGACCUUGAUAGCGAUCCUCCUGGCCCAGAGGAGGCACCAUAAGGGAAUAUACAUACACAAUGUCCACAGGAUAUUCUGUGUAGCAAACCUUCCAUGCAUUUCUACCAAGAAGAAUUGAGUUUUCUAAAAGUAGUAAGGAAAAUGAAAUGCGCAAUUGUAAUUGCAUAAGAGAGAACAUUAAUCACCAGGAGGUCUGUUUAUAGGAAUAACACGUUAUCUCUAUCAGACCUUUUGUUAUAUACCAAGCUCAUGCUGUUUGCUGCUCUGAAUACUUUUAAGAUUUGAUGGUGAACGUUGAUUUUUUUUUUUAAAGAAAAUGAGUAGG